GUAUAUGUAAGACGUGUCAGGAAGCACUCGGUGUCCAACAUGGCGGCGCAGCAGAACGACGUUGACGAGCUGUUCGAUGUCAAAAAUGCUUUUUACAUCGGCAGUUUUCAGCAAUGUAUCAACGAAGCUCAGAAAGUGAAGAAUUCAUCGCCAGAAAAGGAGACUGAACGCGACACUUUCUUGUACAGAGCAUACAUCGCCCAGAAAAAAUAUGCAGUUGUUCUGGAUGACAUCAAGGCCAACUCUUCCCCUGAGCUUCAAGCUGUCAGGAUGUUUGCAGAGUAUCUGUCAAGUGAAAGCAAACGCGACGCUAUUGUCACGGAUCUCGACAAGAAAAUGUCAAAGAGCGUGGACGCCGGCAACACCACCUUCCUCCUCAUGGCCGCCUCCAUCUACCACCACGAGAUGAACACUGAUGCUGCUCUCAGGACUCUGCACCAGGGAGAAAGUCUGGAGUGCAUGGCCAUGACCAUUCAAGUGCUGCUGAGUCUGGAUCGUGUGGAUCUGGCGAGGAAGGAGCUAAAGAAGAUGCAAGAGCAAGAUGAGGAUGCUACGCUAACCCAGCUAGCCACCGCUUGGGUUAAUUUAGCUGUGGGUGGAGAGAAGCUGCAAGACGCCUAUUACAUUUUCCAGGAGAUGUCAGACAAGUACUCGUCGACACUGCUGCUUCUUAACGGCCAGGCCGCCUGUUACAUGGCUCAGAACAAGUGGGAGGAGGCUGAGGGAGUGCUGCAGGAGGCCCUCGACAAGGACAGCAGCCAUCCUGAGACGCUGAUCAACCUGGUAGUGCUGACUCAGCACCUCGGAAAAGCCCCCGAGGUGACCAACAGAUACCUCUCCCAGCUGAAAGACGCACACAAGUCCCAUCCGUUCCUCAAAGACUAUUUUGCCAAGGAGAAUGAGUUUGACAGACUAGCGAUGCAGUACACUCCCGCCGCCAUCACCACCGCAUAACGGACCCCUCGCCAGAUAAACAUCCUAUCUUUUACCUUUUGCUAUCAUGUCUUUCAUUUGUUAGAUGAAAAUGUGCAGGUGUACCCAAUCUCAGCAAAAAUCGUCAGUUAGCGAGGUAUUACUGUAACAUUGUUGGAGUGGCACUGCAUCACAGCUUCUUCAACUAAUAAAAAACCUGCUAGUACCACAGAUUGGGAAUCAAAGCUCCACAUUA